UCACUAUAUAUUUUAAACCAAUCAAAAAGCGUGAUUUCUGAAAUGUCAGUUUCUAUUGACAUAAAAUUAUUUUUUUAACCUAACUUUUUUUAAUUAGUUAUUUUUGUAUAAAAAUUUCGAAAUGGUUUAUAACAAAGUUUGUUUUGUACCAACAUGUGGUAACACAUCAUCAAACGCACCAAAGAAAUUAUUUGUGACGGUAUCUAAAAAACGUCGUUUACGAUGGAUAAACGCUGUAAAUAUAACAGAGAAAAAAGCAAUAACUCGACUUAAACAUUGUUCGAUGUUGUAUUGUUGUGAAGAUCAUUUUAAUCUUAGUGAAGAUGUAGAAAAUUGGAAUUAUUAUUUAAAGGUGGGAAAGCUAUUACGAUUAAAAAAUGAUGUUGUUCCUCAUUUAAAAUUGGACGGAAAUGAACAAAAUCAAGAAUCACAAUUUGAUGACGCAAUGAGGGAAGAAAAGUUAAGAUUUGCAAAUGAUUUGCAGUUUUUUGAAGAAAGAGAAAUUGCAAAAGGAGACUCAAAUAUUGAAAGGAAAAUAGAAAAUAAGGAUAACUCUAUCAAAAAAGAAAGAAUUGAUAAAUUAGAGUCCAAUUUUUGUUUUGUGAGUUCAGGAUUAAGUCUAAAAUGUUUGGUGGAUUUGGGUUUGGUUGAUAAAAAUACAAAUUGCAAAUCAAAUAAUUUAGAUUCACACCCAAACCUUACUAAUUAUGAUCCCUUAACAACAGAAAAUGAUAUAAAUAAUAUUAUUAAACCAGAACUUAUCAUUAAAUCAGAUGAAUAA